AUGCCGAGCCAGCUCCCCGUCGCCACAGCCCCUCCACGCCGCCUCCACGCCCACGGUCGUGCCCACGGCCGGAGCUGCCCGCCCCGGUGCACGCCACGCCCCGCAAGACCGCCACCUCCCUGCCCGGCCGGCGCUCGCCACGCCCCCGCCCGGUCGGCGCUCGCCCCGCCCCCAUCCGAGCUGAGUGUGCCUCGCCCCCAGACCCCGGCACGAGUGGCAGCGGCGCCCCCAGCUCCCAAAGCCCCUGCCCCCGACGCUUGGCUCCCGGCCUCCGUCCCUGCCCCGCCUCCGGCGGCCGCCCCCGACCCGGAGUGCCGGUCCCCGCCUCGACGGCCGCCCCGGCUCCCGGCCCUUCCGUCCCUGCCCCCGGCGCCUGCCCCCGCCGCCCGGUCCCUGCGCCUGCCCCCGCCCAAGGCAGGUUGUGAUUUCCCUGCUCAAGGCCACCGUAUGAGGGACGAGGUCAUGAGGCAACGCAUCGAUGAUUGUGAUGCUGAUGGUGGGGUUGGAGACAUGUUACAUGACUAUCAUGAAGCACAUUUCGGUGAAGGACCGCAGGAGGAGGAGCCAGAGGCAUCCGCAAAGGCGUAUUUCGAGAUGUUGGAGGCUGCACAGAAACCACUUCACGGUCAUACAAAGGCGGGUGCCCACAAAAGGAAGCUCAACGGCAUCCUGGGAACCCUAUGCAGGGAGCUCUUCCCUGGGCUGGUGAUGCAUGCCGGGAUCUUGGAGCCGGCAUACACGUGGGACCACUACAUCGCCAUCCCAGAUGCAGAAGAUCGGGAAGGGAGGUCCUUCGGCAACAAGGAGGACGGGUGGUGGGAGAAUUCUGGGAUUUCUACAUGUGCGAGCCAGGAUAUGAGGCCAUAG